GUGCCUAAAGGACAUGUUUGGUUAGAAGGUGAUAAUCUCAGGAAUUCUACAGAUUCCAGGUGCUAUGGACCUGUUCCUUAUGGACUGAUAAGAGGACGCAUUUGUUUUAAGGUAUGGCCUCUGACUGACUUUGGAUUUCUACGUGCAAGCCCCAAUGGCCAUAGAUUUCUUGAUGAUUAA